CGGAGCAGCAGCGGUUGGUGCCAGUGGCCGGUCGGUCGGCCUGAGCUGUCCCGUCCUGUCCUGUUGUUCGCCGGGCGGCCGCACAACUACCCGCGCUCAUCCGCAGACCCCGCUCACAACUCGGGCUUCCGUGUUCAUCCAGCCCUUGUCCCAAGUUCGCCCGGAGAGAGCAGCCCGGGAGGGGAGGGGAGGCGGCCGUGGCCCGCAGGACAUACCAUGCAGGAAAGCAUCAAAUUAGCCUCGUGUGGGGAUGAUAUUAAAAUCUGGGAUUCGGUUUCCAUGACUAUAGUGGAACAAUUUAAUCCUCAUAAGAAGCCCUGUGAAAUAACUUCUGUUUGCUGGACUGCCGAUAAUCAGUGUUUGUUGAGUUCAUCCAGCAGUGCGGAUAAGAUUGUAUUAUCAACAUGCAAAUCUACUCCAGUUCCUAUAAAGGAUUUUGCAGAAGGGAGAAAACAGACAUGUGUAAGUCUGGGUUCUACUGGCAAGUGUAUUGUAAGUGGCGGUCUGGAUAACACAGUUAAUAUCUGGGAUGCAAAGUCGAAGAGAUGUCAUAGAACACUGAAGGAUCACAGGGAAGCAGUGACUUGUGUAUGUUUCAAUUGGAAUGACCACUACAUAGCCUCGGGUUCAUGCAGCGGUGACAUUAUUGUGCACAGUCUGACAACAAAUAUUUCCAGUUCUCCGUUUGGCCAUGGAAAAACGCAGCCAGUGCAAGACUUGAAGUAUUCCAUCUUUAAAAAAGCUUUGCUGGGAAGUGUCCACGACAGUGGAACUGUAACUCUUUGGGAUGUUAAUACACAGCAAGUUCACCAUACGUUUGAAAAUGCUCAUAAGGCUCCAGCUUCCAGCUUGUGCUUUUCACCAGUAAAUGAUUUGUUGUUUGCCACAGUUGGUUUGGAUAAAAAAAUAAACUGCUAUGAUUCCUCCAGCAAAAUGAUAUUACGAACUAUUUCUGUUGAGGCCCCUUUGACUGCAGUUAGCUUUAUGACAGAUGGAGCAACGUUGGCUGUAGGAUCCAUCAGAGGAAAGAUUUAUGUGUAUGAUUUGCGAGUGACCUCUUCACCAUUAAAAGUUGUCAGUGCCCACAAGAAAUCUGUUCGCUGCUUAAAGUUUCAGAAUGGUCCAACACAAAUCAGGUCAAAUGGGAGCAAGAGCAUUGUAAACAGGACUUCGACCGUGUUGUCAACUGGAGCCAUGAAGAGGCCUUCAGCUAAGUCGAACAGUGCACCAAAAGAGCCCCUGGAUUUUGCUACACUAAUGACAACUGCUCCAACUGUUAAAGUAACUCCUUUCAUUCCAGAAGUCAAAGGAGCUGAAGCUAAUCUAGAAGGGAAAGGUUUAUCACAUAGUACCAGUUUAGAUGUAAUUCCAUCCAAAGAUACGGAAAAUACAAAAGUCACGGAUAGCAGUGGUAGCUUUAAGAACCUUGAUUGUUUGGGUGGAAACAGCUUUGGAGAUGUAUUCUCACCAGUUCGAGACGAUGUUUCGGGGUCAAAGGCAAGUGAAGACAGCGUGGCAAGAGGAAAUGGUUUAGGAGUUUCGCCAGAACUGAACACCAUGUUUUCCACAAGAACUAAUCCAAUGGGUUCUUGUACAAAGGGAGACUUGCACUCCAGCUCCUUGCAUGGCUUUUCAUCGCCAUCUCCUGUGAAGGAACCGACACAGUGCCAUGAGAAGAUUUCCAUCAGUAGCCAAAUCCAGAGUGGGAGGCCAUACUUGAAAGAGACAUUUGCCCAGGGAAUUGACAUGGGGUUCCUGAAAUCAAAAAUGAUAGAGCAGAAUGGUCAGGUGGAAAAUAAGAAAUUGGAACAGUUAAGCUCUUCCAUAACUGAGACUGGAAUCUUGUCUAUGCCUCUAACGUCUUCCAUGGUGAAAACACCUGAACUGGGGGAAAGAAAAGGAAGAGUAUCUUUUAUCCAGGAAUCUAUGGAGCAUAAUUCUCCCAUAUCUGUUGCAAAUAUGACUGCUCCUCCAGGGAUUCCUAACAUGUCUGAAAAAUUUGUGGAUGCACUUGGAAGUGAAGGGCAGCAAUUAACAUCCGCUCAAGUUCAAUUAAUAAAGACCAUUAUACAAGAUACUUUGGAGGAUUAUAAAGAUGCUUGGCACCGAGAUAUCGUAAACCUACAGCUAGAGAUGAUCAAACAAUUCCAAAUCCAACAGAAUGAAAUCCAUGGUUUACUUGAAAGAUACUCCAUUAAUGAAGCUUUAGUGGCAGAAAAUGAGAGAUUGCGAGAAGAAAAUAAGAGGCUACGAGCCAUGUUUUAAGAUGAGAUGUUGCUGAGAGCUCGCUAAAGCAAGAAGGUUUUGCACUGAGAAGCAGCAAUAAUACCCUGCCAUAAGGCAAGCAUAGGUGAAGACUGACUUCAACGCAUUAAUAUUUAAUACGUAAAUGUUUUGUACAUCACACCAUUAAUCGCAGAGUAGCUGGCCCAUUUUGAUUCUAAAAUGAGCCAAAAAACAGCUGUCUCAAUGGAUGGAAUGUAUUAAAAGUCUUUUCAGAUGCAAUACAACGGAAUUUUGAUAAAUGUUACAAAUAAUCUUCCAGAAAAUGUGCCACAAUCAGGAGUUUUGCAUAAUAGAAUUGAAUGAGAAAGGUGUAUUAAAGCUCAAAGUAAAAAUCAUACUAAAGGUGGGAUAACAUGCAUUGUUCAAGAUUCUAAAGCGUAGGUUUUACAAAAAAAACCAGCAAUAAAUGAAAAUAUACUCAAAGAUAGAUCCCGCACACUGGGUAAAGAUUAUUUUAUAAAUUGGCAUUUUCUACUUUUUACAAAUUAUUGUUUAUUUUUGUCUGACAAUAACCAUACUUACUCAGAUACUUAAAUCGUUGAUUGCUAUUUGUGAAUAUCUUUACUUAUUUUCCAUCGGCUGCCUAAAAACAAUAACUCUACUAGUUUCUGUUCAUUACAAGCAGUAUUUUUACUACUGGAUAAGCGAAUCUAAAUAUUUGAACGUUGCAUUAAUACUGAGUAGAUGGUCUAAAGUGCCUUUUUCAGAUUUCUAAAUGAGCAGGUUACACAGGAAUUCUGAUACACUGUCAUUGACUUGACAUUCAGCAAUUGUGUAGAAUAGCCAUUGUUUAUAUUACGUACACUAUUUUGUAAAGAAUUUGGAGUGGAUUCUGUUUUUGAAUUAACAUUUAAAAUGCAGGAUAUUUUUAAUGAAAAAAAUACUAUAUUAAAUGUGGUUUGCAAUAAAUAUAUUCGUAAGCGUUUGGUAUUUCAGAAAGCACUUAAAAGUAAAUUAGCUGGAAUUGAAUCAAAGAAAAGAUGGCAUGUUUUUAUAAUAAUCAAAAUGCUUUAAGUAAAAAGAUUGGUUCUAACAGCAACUUGCAUAUAAUUUACUGUAUUGUUGCACAUUUCAGAUAGGAAUUUAAUAUUUUUAAAUACCAUGAAGUAUUCCGAAUCCAAUUCCGUUUUAAUCAAUUUCCAGCCAUACUAGAUUUUGGAGUAUUGGAAGAAAAGGCUGUAUACAGCAAAGACAUUUCCCAUUUAGUAAUCUUCACAAAUUAAGGGAAACACUUUAUAAAUAGGAUGAAAAGUCUGAUACUUGCUAUGUUCCGUUGAGAUCGGUAUAAUCCUGGUGCUUCAGAAGCUGAAUUCAGUACUCAGUGAUGAUAAUUAGUCCGAAUGAAACAAGGUUAUGAAGUUUCUCUUAAGGAUGAUUUUUUGAGCUUCAGCCCAAUAUUUUUAUAAAAGUGGGAUUGCUGGCAAAUAAAAUGUCAUUGCUGCCCUUUGAUUUUCCAACUGUUCUGUUCUGUUCAGUUCAUCCUUUGAACCAGGUCAUCGUAGGUAGCAAUGAGAACUGUGUACAAAACAUGCCUUUAAUUUCAUUGUUUUUUUAAAUAUGAGCUUUAGAUGAAGUUUAGGGAUAAAUAAGUGAAGUUGGGGCAUCUUUUGUUAUUCACUUUCUGCCAAUUCACCCAAGAAUUUAAAUAGGGACCCCUGUUAUAGAGGCUGAAAGAUGAUACCCCUGACACACUCAAUGGUGCCAGGAGUGGGCCUGCAUUAUGAAUGCAGCCCGAGCUUGCCUUUCUGAUUAAGACGAGUAUGGUAUCAAAUAGGCAAAGCUGAAUCUUAUUGAGGAGCUGGAGUGAAGACCAGAAGACAAAGUGAAGGAAAUCAUAGGACAAGUGUACAGAAGAAGCUGCCAGGGGUAGUGGAAAGAUGGCUACAAUGCAGCAUUUAAAAGACAUUUUGGCAGCUUCAUGGAUAGGAAAGGUUUAGAGGGAUAAUAUGAGAGGUGUAGGCAAAAGGCAUUAGCUUGCUCAGGCAACUUGGUUGGCAUGGGCAAGGUGGGCCGAAGGGCCUGUUUCUGUGCUGUAUAACCAUUUGACUGACAAAAUGUGCAUAGAGAUGGAUUUUCUUUAAUCAGGAAUGACAAAGCAAUUUUAUAGAAUCACAUAGGAAUAGCACCUUCAUAGAAACAUAGAAAAUAGGUGCAGGAAUAGUCCAUUUGGCCCUUCGAGCCUGCACCGCCAUUCAAUAUGAUCAUGGCUGAUCAUCCAACUCAGUAUCCUGUACCUGCCUUCUCUCCAUACCCCCUGAUCCCUUUAGCCACAAGGGCCACAUCUAACUCCCUCUUAAAUAUAGCCAAUGAACUGGCCUCAACUACCUUCUGUGGCAGAGAAUUCUAGAGAUUCACCACUCUCUGUGUGAAACAUGUUUUCUCAUCUCGGUCCUAAAAGGUUUCCCCCUGAUCCUUAAACUGUGACCCCUUGUUCUGGACUGCCCCAACAUCGGGAACAAUCUUCCUGCAUCUAGCCUGUCCAACCCCUUAAGAAUUUUGUAAGUUUCUAUAAGAUCCACUCUCAAUCUUCUAAAUUCUAGUGAGUACAAGCCAAGUCUAUUCAGUCUAUCUUCAUAUGAAAGUCCUGACAUCCCAGGAAUCAGUCUGGUGAACCUUCUCUGUACGAUAAGAAUGUCUUUCCUCAGAUUAGGAGACCAAAACUGUACGCAAUACUCCAGGUGUGGUCUCACCAAGACCCUGUACUCAGCCCAUUGAGUCCAUGCUGACCACAAACCUUGAACAUUAUUUCACAAAUUACUUCAUAUUACUUAACAUAGACCAUAAACAUUUAGAUUCACUCAAACUUAAUUCUAUUUUUCCAACAUUCUCUCAACUUAUGGCAGAUUCCACCACUCACCUACACACAGUGUAGGUGAGUGGUUUGAAGUGGCCAGUUAAUCUACUCACCUGCGUAUCUUUGGUGAUGUGGGAACAAACCUGAGUUGCUGGCGGUAACCCAUGUGGUCACAGGGAGAUCAUGUCAACUCCACACAGACAAUGCCAUGUGGUCUCUGCUUCCGCGAGGCAGUGGCUCUGCUAAUAGUGUUUGAAUUUAUAAAACUGGUGACUGAACAUGAUAAAAGCAAACAUGAUGAGAGAUCACAUUGGGCAGAGUCCAGAAUAAAAAGCAGCGAUGGGGUGGUAAGACAUUGAUGGUCAUGAGGAUGAAUUUAUAGAUGUAAUUGCCAAUAAUUGCUGUGGUUGUUAAGAUCUGGUAGUUGUGUUCUGAAGAGCCUGAAAACCCGGUGGUUUUUGCAAAGUUAUCGACUCAGUUGGCAUAUUAACCCUAAAACCAUGAUCUUGCCACAGACUGACUGUCGGCCAAGCAAGAGAGCCAAAUCCCACUUCCCAGCUCUUCAUGUGAAGCAUUGCAGUUGAACACACGUCAAAUGCUCAACUGUGUAUUUAUGUGGUACAGCGCCCUCCAUAAUGUUUGGGACAAAGACCCAUCAUUUAUUUAUUUGUCUCUGUACUCCACUAUUUGAGAUUUGUAAUAGAAAAGAAAUCACAUGUGGUUAAAGUGCACAUUGUCAGAUUUUAUUAAAGAGUAUUUGUAUACAUUUGUUUCACCAUGUAGAAAUUACAGCUGUGUUUAUAGUUCCCCCAUUUCAAGGCACCAUAAUGUUUGGGACACAUGGCUUCAUAAGUGUUUGUAAUUGCUCAGGUGUGUUUAAUUACCUCCUUAAUGCAGGUAUAAGAGAGCUCUCAGCACCUAGUCUUUCCUCCAGUCUUUCCAUCACCUUUGGAAACUUUUAUCGCUGUUUAUCAACAUGAGGACCAAAGUUGUGCCAAUGAAAGUCAAAGGAGCCAUUAUGAGACUGAGAAACAAGAAUAAAACAGUUAGAGACAUCAGCCAAACAUUAGGCUUACCGAAAUUAACUGUUUGGAACAUCAUUAAGAAGAAAGAAAGCACUGGUGAACUUACUAAUCACAAAGGGACUGGCAGGCCAAGGAAGACCUCCACUGAUGACAGAAGAAUUAUCUCUAUAAUAGAGAAAAAUCCCCAAACAACUGUCCGACAGAUCAGACACACUCUUCAGGGGUCAGGUGUGGAUUUACCAAUGACCACUGUCCGCAGAAGACUUCAUGAACAGAAAUACAGAGGCUACACUACAAGAUGCAAACUACUGGUUAGCCACAACUAUAGGAUGGCCAGGUUACAGUUUACCAAGAAGUUCUUAAAAGAGCAACCACAGUUCUGGAAAAAGGUCUUGUGGACAGAUGAGAUGAAGAUUAACAUAUAAGAGUGAUGGCAAGAGCAAAGUAUGGAGGAGAGAAGGAACUGCCCAAGAUCCAAAGCAUACCACGUCAUCUGUGAAACACAGUGGUGGGGGUGUUAUGGCCUGGGCAUGUACGGCUGCUGGAGGUACUGGCUCACUUAUCUUCAUUGAUGAUACAACUGCUGAUGGUAGUGGCAUAAUGAAUUCUGAUGUGUAUAAACACAUCCUCUCUGCUCGUUCAAACAAAUGCCUUAAAACUCAUUGGCUGGAAGUUCAUUCUACAGCAAGACAAUGAUCCCAAACAUAUGUUAAAGCAACAAAGGAGUUUUUCAAAGCUAAAAAAUGGUCAAUUCUUGAGUGGCCAAGUCAAUCACCUGAUCUGAACGAAAUUGAGCAUUUUUUAUAUGCUGAAGAGAAAACUGAAGGGGGCUAAUCCCCAAAACAAGCAUAAGCUAAAGAUGGCUGCAAUACAGGCCUGGCAGAGCAUGACCAGAGAAGACACCCAGCAACUGAUGAUGUCCAUGAAUCGCAGACUUCAAGCGAUUCCAUUGUUGCAUAUCCAUUGCAUGCAAAGGAUAUGCAACAAAAUACUAAAUAUGACUACUUUCAUUUACAUGACAUUGCUGUGUCCCAAACAUUAUGGUGCCUGGAAUGUGGGGGACUAUGUAUAAACAAUGCAAUAACUUCUACAUGGUGAGACCAAAAUGUAUAAAAAUGGCCUUUAUUAAAAUCUGACAAUGUGCACUUUAACCAUAUGUGAUUUUUUUUUUCUAUUACAAAUCUCAAAUUGUGGAGUACAGAGGCAAAUAAAUAAAUGAUAGGUCUUUGUCCCAAACAUCAUGGAGGGCACUGCAGUAUUUGCUUUGUCUACUUUUCAGGUAGUCAACCUCUCACAACUCAACAAGGUUCCCAUUAAUUCCAUCUAGGCCUUUUACCUAUUGCCAUAAAGCCAAAUCCUUUGUAUUUUGUCCCCUGCCAAGUGAAAUAUGUUCCUUCUCUUUCACUGAAGAAAUUGAAUAAAUCUAUACACCAA